UUAACUUCACUUGCCAACCGACUUUCAUUUCCACGUCAACUCGGGACAGUUUUGCGUUAACCGUCCUGGAUUAAAUCAUCGUUAACGACGAUGGCUUCCUCGCCUCAGAAGUCCCCGUCCUCUCCGAAAUCUCCGACGCCGAAAUCCCCGUCUUCCAGAAAGAAAGACGACUCUUUCCUGGGAAAACUUGGUGGAACUUUGGCGAGAAGGAAAAAGGCUAAAGAAGUGUCUGAGCUUCAGGAGGAGGGGAUAAAUGCCAUCAACCUUCCUCUCAGCCCCUCCCACUAUGAGCUGGACCCUGAGGACACCAUGCUUGAGGAGAAUGAAGUUCGCACCAUGGUGGACCCCAACUCCAAGAAUGACCGCAAACUGCAGGAGCUCAUGAAGGUGUUGAUCGACUGGAUAAAUGACGUUCUGGUUGGAGAGAGGAUCAUUGUGAAGGAUCUGGCUGAGGAUCUGUAUGAUGGACAGGUCCUGCAGAAACUGUUUGAAAAGCUGGAAGGUGAGAAACUGAACGUGGCUGAAGUGACCCAGUCGGAGAUCGCCCAGAAACAGAAGCUGCAGACCGUUUUAGAGCGCAUCAACGACUCGCUCAAACUCUCCACCAGGAACAUUCGGUGGAACGUGGACUCGGUUCACGCUAAGAGUAUAGUGGCCAUCCUGCACCUGCUGGUGGCGCUGUCACAACACUUCAGAGCACCAAUCAGAUUGCCUGACCACGUUUCUAUCCAAGUAGUGGUCGUCCAGAAAAGAGAGGGCAUCCUUCAGUCCAGACAAAUUCAGGAGGAAAUCACUGGCAACACAGAGGCUUUCUCUGGCAGACAUGAGCGCGAUGCCUUCGACACCUUGUUUGACCACGCUCCAGAUAAACUCAAUGUUGUCAAAAAGACAUUGAUCACAUUUGUGAACAAACACCUGAACAAGCUCAACCUCGAGGUGUCUGAAGCUGACACACAGUUUGCAGACGGUGUUUACCUGGUGUUGCUGAUGGGGCUACUGGAGGGAUACUUUGUGCCGCUCUACAACUUCUUCCUCACACCAGAAAACUUUGACCAAAAGGUUCACAACGUGUCCUUCUCCUUUGAACUGAUGCAGGAUGGAGGUCUGGAGAGACCAAAGCCUCGGCCAGAGGAUAUAGUGAACUGUGACCUUAAAUCGACACUGCGCGUCCUCUACAACCUCUUUACCAGGUACAGAAACGUAGACUGAGCACCACGUGUAGGGAGAGCAAAGGCUCUUUACCAUGGACCACAUGCUUAAGAUUAAUAAUACUGUAAGUUUUUCUUUCUAUUUGUUGUAGAAAUCUGUUUAAUCUGAAUGCAUGCAUCACAUUUUGUAUCUGUUGAGCAAUGUACCACACAAAUCUAUAUUUUUUACACUUCUGCAAAGACAAAAACAUUUCAUUUGGCUUUGUAUUGUAAACAUGGCUUUGCUAUAGAGUCCUGCAGACAUCUAUGACCUUAAUAAGCCAAUUAUUAAUGUUAAGUUGAGUCGUAGAGAUAAUUCUAUAAUGACAUGUGUUACCCUCGCCACAUAUCACAAAAGAGAGACUUUAAAUGAACAACACUAGUGUCUUUUUAGUUCAGAAAAGAAACUGUUUACCUGUAUUUAUUGUUCAUUUUGAUACUUUUUGUCUCUCUUGUUUAUGUCAUUCAUAAGUGCCUUUAUUUAAACAUGUGAACACUGUCAGCUCCCAGUGCUUAAUAUUGGGAUGCGUGUGCUCCCCACUUGUCUUAACGCUCCAGAUUUCCUUUGAACCUGUGGAGGAACAAGUAUUGAAAUAUUUGACCAAAGUUCUGUUGCAUUCACACCACGUCCUUGUAUUUUAUAUUGUAAUGUGUAUCUUAUUUUUAAUUAAGAUACAGUAGCAUUGUAUAAUCAUUCUGCUCUUUGUGGCUUAACACAUUAUAUACAUCAUAUUUUUAAUACUCACUCCUGUCUGCGAGACAAAAGAUAUUUGACUGAAUAUAUUGAACAUAACGUUUUAGGGCACAAAUUGUAUUUUGUGUUCUGGUUUCAAGGCGCACUCACUUCUUCAAAUAAUAAAUGUGGUAACUGUCUGUGCUUCAGGCUGCCGACACAUUCUCUAUCAUGUAUCUAUUUAUGUUUUAAUGCAUUACAUUCAAUAAACCAUUCAGUCCCUGAA